CUGAAUCACCGCAUCACAGUGGCGGGAAAAAACCAAAGAGGCAUAGUGAGUGAGACAACUCGGUUAGGGUUUUCAAAAACGAAAGAAAAUCGAAGGAGAAUGGAAAAGCGAAAGAGAGGAGGAAGGAACAAUGGAGGAAUUGAAGAGAACACAAUGGCAAUUCUCGAUACUUCUGGUUUCAAUAGAGACUCUCACCACCGCCAUGACGAUAGUCUUGCUUUUCUGGAAGCUGUUCUCUCUGCUUCGUUGCUACCAGAUAAUGGAACAGCGCCUACUAGCACGAUGCGCGAAGCGAUUUUCCAAAUUUUGAAGGAAGAGACUUCACUUGAGCUAAUAAUGGGAAGUUAUCAACUUCUAAAUGAGUUGGAUAAGCGAUUUCCUAGGGUGUGCUUGCCCAAAAUGGAGGAGGCAGCAUCAUGUCUGCCUCCAACCGUUCUCAAUGAACCUGUUGAAGAGGCCUGGUGUCCAUUUACUCUUGGAUUGGAUAGGGAUGAUGAAAUAAAUAAAGGUUCAAGUGGAUCAAUUGACCCCUUGGGCUUUCUUUCACUAAUACAAGAACUUGGGAAAAUGAUCAACCAGAGGUCAAAAGCAUUAGAAACAAAGAUAUUAAGAAAGAUGUUACUACUUCACUAUCUUGUCAGUGUGCUUGAAGGAGACUUUGUGCCUCGGAACAGAGCAUUCAAAGAGAAGAUGAGUUGGGCCCUUUUGAGGGAUUCGUUGCUCAACAUGCUUCUGGGGUCAAGAAAAAUAAUCUAUAAAAGCUUAGUCAAGGACUGCCUAUCAGUUAUAUGUGAUGUGUUCUCUGACUUAUCUGAUAAAUCUGAGUCCUCCUCUGAUGUGGAUUCAGUGGAACCUCCUUCAAACGAGCUAUCAUAUAAAUGCAUUGCUGCUUUUGCACUAGCUUUACCUGAACUCAAACGAUCUACUUGUAUCUAUCUGAAGAAGCUCCUGAGAAUGAUGAUGGAGCUGGAUACAUCACGGAAUGUGGCAGAUGUUCAAGGACUUACCACCAGAGCUGAUGGUGUGAGAACACCUGCUGCAGAGAUCAUUUUGGACGAACUUGCUUACAAUUCUGAUAUGCUCUCCCCCUUUUUUCAGGUCUUUGAUGACCCUUGGUGGAAGCUAAAAAUGAUCAUGCAGUACUUUCAGAAGUACAUUCCUAAGUCUUCUGUUCGUACUAGGAGAUCGAAUGGUCCAGUGAAUGAUUCCACAUUUGAAAGUGUUUUAAAGUGCUUCUCAAGCAGCAGGAGCACAAAAAAUAUCAUCAAAAAAAUAGGAAUGGAUGUUGCUCAGCUGCUUCUUGGGCAUGCCUUUUUGGCAUACUUGUCAGUAUCAGUGGAAUCUUCUGCUGAAAAUGAUGAUUUUGAAGAGAUAGUGAAAGGAAGCUCUCUCACAGAAAUCUGCAAGCAAAUAAUAGCUGCUUUUACUUCUAUCAGAAAAGAAGACAAGAAUACAGAAAUUCUACUUUUUGGUAAAGAAGCGGUGUUCACAGCUGCAACCAUUCUCUCAACUAAGUCAUAGGAGAAGCGGCAGUUACUAUUUAUUGUUCAUAAUGUAUAUUUGGUCAAAUGGGCGCAAUUAGCAAAGCCCCCUACCUGAAGUUGGCCAAAUGAUGUUACCACACAGCCAGUACUGGUCAAAUGCUGAUCAAGGAAACCUCAGAGAAAGCUACAUUUGUGCCUUCCUCCUAGGGUGAUUGGUGAAAUUAACUUCACCUCUAUUUUGUAACGGCACUAUAUGACAGCUAAAUAGAUUUGAAUUGGUAUUUUUUAUGCCUUCUGGCUUGUGAAAUGAUCAAGGCACUCUUUAAUAGCGAAGGACCUGUCCUUUUUAGUUAAAGGAUAACUGAAAAAGGGUAACUCUAAGGAACUUGGUGUAUCAUGUAUGAAUAUCCGUAGCUAUAAGCUAUGCAUCAAUGCAAAAUAGGUCACUCCAA